UAGAAGUACUUGAACACCAAAGCUUCCUUCUCAGUUCUCCCCAAAAGCCAUGUCCAAUCCUCUAACCCCAACCUCCAACUUCUUCUUCCUCAUCUUCACCAUAACCAUCAUCUACGUGGCCUACAACUCCCCAAGGCUCCAACCCAAGCAAACCAACCUCGUCUUCUACGUGCAUGACUACUUAACCGGCGAUGACACGUCAGCAGUCACGGUGGCCGGCAAAAGAGGACCCACCUCCAGCAUCCUACACUUUGGCACAAUGGUAGCCGUCGAUGAUCCAGUAACAGAGGGCCCCGGCAUCGAAUCAAAGGAGAUAGGCAGGGCUCAAGGCUUGUACGUCAACUCUCAGCUGGAUGGCAAAGGCUUGCACAUGGUUUUCUCUGUGAUUUUCACUGAUGGAGAAUUCAAAGGGAGUAGUUUGGAAAUUCAAGGGGCCGAUAUUUUUAGUAUGAAGGAGCGAGAAUUCGGAAUUGUAUCGGGGACGGGUUAUUUUCGGUUUGUGAAGGGGUAUGGGAUCAUGGAGACACAGUUCAUGGACAUUGCUAAUCUUAGAGCUGUUCUUAAGCUUAAUGUAACAGUUAAGCACUUCUAAAUUAAAAUAUAAAUAAAUAUUAUUGUUAUUAA